AUGUCUCAGAUUGAUCCUGACUUUGCAUCUAUCCCAGUACAUUAUGCUGACCUCUGGGUCAACGACGGUAUCAUCGAGUCCUUAACCCAUGGAAUGUACACAGCAUUGCUUGCCGUCGUAAUAUGGCAAAUUCUGUCGAACAUAACCACUCAUAGGUGGCCCGUGAAGGUUCUCGUGGGUAUCUCAGUGUUCAUGUACAUCAUGGCGACGAUCCACUUGGCCACGGUGUGGUUCCAUACCAGGCGGGCAAUCAUAACGAAGGGACAGACAGAAGAAACAGGGUACUUGGCCCUUGCAGACUGGGUAACCACUGUUACCCCUGUGUGGGCCAUGAUGAUCAACGAUAUCGCAGCAGGCAUGAAUAUAUUUGUUGCGGAUGGUGUCAUCAUUUGGAGGUGCUGGAUUAUCUGGGGAAAGAACUGGAGGAUCAUCGUCCUUCCUUGCUUAUGCACGAUAGGCGGAUUGAUCUUUGGCAUUUCGUGCCUUCUUCAACUUCGGGAACCGAUGUUUGAUUCACAAGGACAUCCGAAAACAACUUCCACCAACUGGGGAUUAGCUUAUUACGUUAUGGCACUCCCAGCAACGAUCAUAUGUACCACGCUCAUAGUGUACCGACUGGCUAAGGCGAUCAAGACUAAGAACUCUCCACACUAUGCGCCAGACCUAUACUACCGUGUCAUAGAGAUCUUGGUAGAAUCAUCCGCACUGUAUAUCUUUGUCCAGGCUAUUUUCAUCGUGUUCGAUGCGAUGAACAGUCCAUAUAGCUCGUAUCCACAAGCAGUGCUUCAAUCAGUUACUGGGAUUGCGCCGACAUUAAUGCUUCUUCGUGUUGUGUCUACUAAGGACACUGAUACGGGUCCCCUGAGUGAUAAUAUAGAUUCACGGCCUUUACAGCCCUUGCCGAGAUCAGAAACGGAAGGUGGUGAAACGCGUGUAGAUAAUGAUGAAGUGAUGAUCAUAGGUCCGGAGAAGAUGGUCCAAGUGGUAUGAGCUGCGCAUGAUUGUCAUCCUGGAGAUGACAGUGAUUUAAACAAUUGGAAAGAUAGAAAUCAAAGUCGAUACCUUGUCGGUUCCAUAUACAUAGAAAUAGUGCAGUUUUCUGAUUAAAUGUUUACUAUAGAAUUGUCUCGUGUCCGACGGCGACGAUACAUCCAAAGUAUGUAAUGAGAUCUUAUCAUAGAGCUAGCUUCUAAGACGAAGGUUGCGAGUCUCAAGUAAAGCCUGAUGCUGCCUGAUUCAUCACCUCAUUUUAACGCCUUCUAUCUCAGUUUUUAAGUAAUCUUAAUGCCAAACUUAGCGACUAACUCUCAGCAGCCUUUAACAAACAAAGAGGAAGAGAUGGCGUCAAAGAUGACAGUGAAGAGGCAAGA